UUUAAGCUUGUUAAUAAAAUUUUAAUGAGGUCCGAUUAUAAAUCUUCCUCAACUUUAUUAAGUCAGUUAGUGUUAAGGUCAGACAGUGCUUUAAUAUAGUUAAUUUUUAAUUUGCUUUGUGCCGAAAUGGGUCCAUCAUCAGACGCAAUUUUUUGGUAUAUACAAGAAAUAUGUUACAAAAUCGUAGCUGAAACUGGCAUACCAAGCGACAGAUAUCAUUUGGGAAAAAUAUUAUUACACAGUUUGAAGGAUGCACCCGAUCACGUAUUGCAGAUAGACGGGGCAACUGAUGAGAAAGAUACGUUCAAAUCCGCACUUGAACGAUCUAUACGUUGUGCAACAGCCUUUAGAAACCUUGGCCUCAAAUACCAAGAUGUGAUAGUCAUUAUGGCACCAAACCAUAUCAACCUAGUGAUACCAAUGUACGCUUCCUUGUUCCUCGGAAUAAAGGUUGCUGGAGUAGAUAUGGCUUUAGGAGUUAACGAACUUGAAGACACAUUCAGGUGUUGUGAUCCCAAAAUAGUCUUCUGUCAAAGUUUAAAAGUUCAAAAUGUUAAACAGGCGUUAAAUACGCUUAAAAUAUCUGCUCAUAUUAUAUCAUUUGACGAAAAUGAGGAUUGUUUGAGUUUCUCGAAACUUCUUGACGAAUAUGGCGGCGAUACAACUGUUAAAGGCUUCACACCAGCUGAGUUUGAUCCUGUAGAAACACACGCAUUUUUAAUGACGACAAGUGGCUCAACCGGGCUCCCGAAAACAGCAGUACUCAGUCAUAAAAACAUAAUAGUGGGAUUUCCAAUUACAAUGAAUUGCUGUACAAAGUUUCCAACACCAGUGAACAUGGCUCUAGUAGUUUCUCCUAUACAAUGGUUAUCAUCAACUUUUCCAUUUUUAUUGGGACCUAUAUUGAGAUUUACAAGACUGCAAACUUCAUCCGAAACGACAUCAGAACACGUUUAUUCAUUGAUUAAUAAGUAUAGGCCAAAUUACACAAUUAUGAGCCCCACGUUUUUGACAAAGUUGCUAAAACCUAGCGAGCGGGAGACAUGUGAUUUUUCUUCUCUUCAGUACAUCUUGAUAGGCGGCAGCGCGGUGGCUAAAGAACUCAUAGAAGAACUGCAGAAAAUCAAUCCAAAAUUGCUAAUAAGAAUAGGUUAUGGUUUAACUGAAGCAACAGGUAUAGUUUUGGAUCCAGGCUAUUCUCCUUUAGGUUCAGUUGGUUCACCAAUACCACUAUUGCAGUACAAACUAGUAGAUCCUAUAACUAAUGAAGAAAUAUAUAAACCUAACGUGCCCGGGGAAUUGCGGCUAAAAGGACCAACUAUAUUUCAGGGUUAUUACAACAACCCUGAAAUGACCGCAGCAGCUUUCGAUGAAGACGGGUGGUUGAAAUCUGGAGACAUACUCUACAGAAAUGAAUAUCACAAGUACUAUUUCUAUGACCGCAUAAAAAUGCUUCUUAAAUACAGGAAUCAUCAGGUGUCUCCAAUAGAAAUAGAGUCUGUGAUUAUAAAACACCCGGGUGUGCUAGAUGUAGCCGUGACCGGUAUACCUGAUGCUGAAUGUGGUGAUCUGCCUGUUGCAUUGGUUAUUCUACAAGAAGGGUACAAUGUAACGGCACAAGAAAUAAAGGAUUUCGUUAAAAAAUCACUGAGCGACUCGAAACAAUUAAGAGGUGGUGUGAUAUUCGUCAAUGAAUUUCCUACGACUUCGACUUCGAAAGUUGACAGGAUGAAAUUAAAAGAAUGGGCUAAGACUCUUAAGAAAGAAUAACAGAGACAGAGGAAAAAAUAAGCAAGAAAUAAUUAUUUAUUUAUACUACAGAUUACCAUAAGUAAAAAGGUAUCACCAAGAUAUCCUAAUUUUUAUUUGGAGAUUUUUCUUGAGAUUGGAAGAAUCUUGAAUUUAUUUCACCUAAUGAUAAAAGUUUUGAAUUA